AUGCGUGUUGCGAAAUAUUUACUAACUCGUUUUACAACACUUAAACCACCAUUAAUUGUACCAGAAAAUCCAAUUAAAUUAUUACGUAUGCUUAAUCGUCGACAAGCUGCUUUAUUUCUUGUUGGAUUUCUUGCUUGGACAUUUGAUGCAUUCGAUUUUUUUGCUGUUACACUUAAUAUAAUUCCAAUUGGUAAAAGUUAUAAUAGAACAACAACAGAUAUUACUUGGGGUAUUACGAUAACAUUAAUGCUUCGAGCUAUUGGUGCAAUUAUAUUUGGAAUUGCUGGUGAUCGUUUUGGUCGAAAAUGGCCAUUUAUUGUCAAUAUUGUUUUAUAUGCAUUGAUUGAAAUUGGUACUGGUUUUUGUAGAACUUAUGGACAAUUUAUAGGUCUUCGUGCUGUUUUUGGUAUUGCUAUGGGUGGUAUAUAUGGUAAUUGUGCAGCUACAGCACUUGAAGAUGCACCAAUUGCUGCUCGUGGUCUCCUUUCAGGUUUAUUACAGCAAGGUUAUGCAUGUGGUUAUCUAUUAGCAGCAGCUUUUAAUGUAGCAAUAACAGAUCAUCAACGUUAUGGAUGGCGAGCACUUUUCUGGUUUGGUGGUUGUCCUCCAUUACUGGUAGCACUUUGGCGUGUAUUUUUACCAGAAACUGAUGCAUUUUUAAAUGUUAAAAAAGAACGUGAGGCUAUUGCUAAUGCUAAUAUUUGUACAGAUCCUACAAUUAAACCACCAUCGUCGAUGCGUUUAUUUUUACGUACAGUUCGUCCUGCACUUGUUGAUCAUUGGCCUAUGCUUAUUUAUUUAGUACUUAUGAUGGCAGGCUUUAAUUUUUUAUCACAUGGUAGUCAAGAUUUAUAUCCAACUUUUCUUUCUUCUACACUUCAAUUCUCUCAUAGUCUUGUAACUAUAACAACUAUUGUUGCUAAUAUUGGUGCUAUAAUUGGUGGAAUGACAAUUGGUUAUUUUUCAAGUUUCUUUGGUCGACGUUUAUCAAUACUUGUGGUUCUUAUUAUUGGUGGUUUACUUAUUCCAGCAUAUCUACUUCCACGUGAUAAGACUAUAAUGGCUGGUGCUUUUUUUCAACAAAUGUGUGUACAAGGUGCUUGGGGUGUUGUACCUAUACAUCUUAUGGAACUUUCACCAGGACAAUUUCGUUCAUUUGUUGUUGGUACUGCUUAUCAACUUGGUAAUCUUAUUUCUUCAGCUUCAUCGACUAUUGAAGCUAAAGCUGGACAACAAUUUCCUAAAAAAUCAUUAACUCCUAAUUCAAAUAAUGAAGAACAAUAUGAUUAUGGAAAAGUAAUAAUUAUCUUCUUAUCCUGUGUAUAUAUAUAUUUAUUUAUUAUAAUUUUCCUUGGACCUGAAAAACGAAAUAUUGAUGAAAUUAAUAGUAACAACAAUAACAACAAAGACGAUGGUUAUGAUAAUGAAACAGUAAAAGAUACUGAAUUAGAAGAAUCAACAAUAUCGGAUGGUUCAAAGACAAUGAAAGCUGUUUGA